UUGAAACUUCCAUUGAGCAUGCUUUUUAGUCCAGCACUAGACUCAAUCUGUGUCCAGGAAACAGGCCCCAUAUGUAUUACUGACAUGCUUGUCCUUGUUCAGGACUCCACACACUGGAUUCAGAUUGAACCCUUGACUUCCACUGUCCAGGGAAUGACAAUGUUCAGACACAGGACACCCAAAGGGAGUUAUGAGUGCACAGUGUCUGGGCUCCGCUGGCUGUGUGAGAGAGAUGUCAUUCUGAAGUAUCACUUCAGGAACUGGGAACCCUACAGUCAACUUCUGAAAGACAUGCAGUACACACAAGGUGGUCCAUUGCUGGACAUCGCUAUGGAGUUAGGUGAACUGGAGGAAGUUCAUCUGCCACACUUUGUCUGUUUAGGGACCAACCCUUCCCUGAGGAAUGAGAUGAAGAUUCUUCAUGUAGAGGAACAUGGAGUGUCUUUAGAGGAAGUGCAUGAGGUCACCAGAUUCCAUGCUAAGAUUCUCCAUCCGAAGUUCUCACUUAUCUCUGUUAUACUGAGAUUACUGUCUUUGAACGUAGAUGUCCACUGUGACGUGGUCCUCUAUAUGGCAGUAAAAAGGUCAACAGUCAUUUCAAGGCUGUACAUGCUCCUCAGAAACUCCAGUCAGAAAGAGGCUGUUCAGGAACGGGAGAAAAAUCAGGUGUCCCAAGGAUAUUCGGAAUUGGUCCUGUCAAGUCCAUACGGGUCUUUAAAGCUGAACAGUUGGUUUGCACUCAAGAAUCCCCACUCCACUUCCAUCAAUCCAGAGAAGAUUCAGCUGUUACCUGCAGACACCACACCAAGCUGUUGUAAGAUGAUUAUAAGAAACACAGGGGUUGACAUUGAGAUGGAGUUAAUCGGUGAUGAUGAGAGGACUGUAUGGAGAGAUAUGGUACCAAUAGAUGAAUACAUCACUGAAACCCAUUCAACUAGUGCUGUGUUGGGGGCAGGGCGUAUGGCUGAGAGCAGUCUUACUGGUUCUUCAGAGCAGCAGCUGCGUUCUGUACGGACAGAGUUUGUGACACGAGUGUCAAGACCUGUCCUGGAUGGUCUGCUGGACGGACUGCUGCAUCACACAGUCAUCAACCAGGAGGAAAUGGAGUCAGUGAAGGUGAUAGCUGAGAGGGCAGAGAAGGCACGUGACAUCAUCGACAUGGUGUUGAGAAAAGGAAAUGAGUCUAGUUCCAGGAUCAUCAACCUUCUUGGGGAGCUGGACCCCUGUCUUUGGUCACAGCUCCAGACCAACAGUUGUAGUCAACCCCUGGGUGUUGGGAGACCAGGCAGAAUAGACAGGCAGGAUGGUUCAACAUGUUCUUGCUGUCUGUUGCUUUAAUUCAGCGUACAGAAAAUGUCAAUCAAACAUGACCACUGUAAUAACAAUAAACUUACUGAAGGACCAACCACACAGCAUCUCUCCUUCUGCAGCCUCCUGGAAGUGUGGAUCUUCUAGCAAGAGGGUCAGUUAGUCCUCCACUAGGUACCUAGCUGGACCCCUAUCUAGCAGGAGGGUCAGUCAGUCCUACACACAUUCAACAUAAAUGUAUUUGAUGAAUAUAGUGUACAGUGUUGGCCUGUUAGAGGUUCAUGAGAGAGACUGAAUAUCAAUACAACCACCUCAGUCUAUCAGCAGCUUUCCUGUUAGAGGUUCAUGAGAGAGACUGAAUAUCAACACAACCACCUCAGUCUAUCAGCAGCUUUCCUGUUAGAGGUUCAUGAGAGAGACUGAAUAUCAACACAACCACCUCAGUCUAUCAGCAGUUUUCUCAGUGAGAGCCUCACGUCUGGAACACAUUGACCAUUGAAGGACAUAUAAGGAGCUGUGUAAC